GUUCCGAAGACUCUUGAUCCUUGUCCUUGUAAUUCAUUUUCUGUAGCGAGAGCGAGUAAGCGAGCAAGAGCUCAAACUCAAGACAUCUCAACUACUCGGGACUAAAGUUUUAAAAUUUUGUGUUUGUCACAAAAGUUUCUAAAAUAUAUUAACAAGUCAAAGCACGAGGUGGUGAAUUUUCUCUCCCAAGUUUUAUGCGGUACAAGAAUGGCUUUUAAACGGACGGCUACUACCGAUUUGAAUCACGAGAAUUGGGAUAAUGAGGAUGAGGAGACUGAAGAGGCAGGCACAUUCGCAAAAGCAACGGAGGACGUUCUUGAAAAGAGAGUCGUGAAAACGGCUAGGCGGCGGAUUCAAAACAGCGGCGGCGAUGGCACGCCGAAAAGUGCAUUUGGUUCGUUCACAGGAUUUAAAACAGUGCCGGUCGCGGCCGCAGCGGCGACGACGGCAGCAAGCUCGUCGCCUUUUAGUUUCUUAGCCAAUUUAAAAUCCAACAACACAAGUGCAACUGCUCCGACAAAUAGUAAUCCAAUUUUGACAAAAACCACGACGACAAGUAAUGGUUCUUCUCUAACAGAAGCCGCAUCAGCAGCACCUUUAGCAGUAGCAAAAACAACAAUUCCCGAGAAUGGACUGGGCACAACAGUUUCGAAAUCGCCCUCGAAGCAAUCGACAUCGAAAGUCGAUGCGAGAGAGAAAAAGUCGGAAAUCUCUGACGGCGAAAAGUCUUCGGACUACUACGCAAAGCUGAAGGGUUUGAACGAGGGUGUCGCUCAGUGGAUCAAGAAGCAUGUGGACUCGAACCCCUUCUGCAUUCUCACGCCCAUCUUCCGCGACUAUGAAAAGUACCUCCAGCAGAUCGAGUUGAAGCACGGAAAGCCGCUGAAAGCGGCCGAGUCGUCGAGCAAGGAGGAGGGGGGCAAUAUUGCCACCGCCGACAAGAACAAAAAAACACCAUCGGUUGUCGAGAGUCUUAAUAAAGAGACUAGUAGCUUUGCUGCUACAACUUCUUUUGCUGCCACUGCAAAUUCCUCGGAGAAGAAAGUGGAAAAUUCGGUUUUCGGCAAUGUGACAACAGCGGGGGGCAGUUGGAAGCCGGAGAAAUCGAUUUUUGGAAACACGAGUAGUAGUAUGGCUGCCCCUGGCAAGUCCAUAUUUGGCACCGAAACGAAAACGGACAAUAAGCCCAUAUUUGGCGGCAGUGUUUCUCAGGAGAAAAAUCCCUUUUUGAAUAAAUCUGGAGCCGGGGAAAGUCCGCAACUGGAUAAGUCAAAAAGUGAUUCGAAACCGGCGGCGGUCACUUCUCCUUCUUCCGCUGUUUCCUCUUUCCCGUCAGCCACGUUCAGCUUUGGUGCCAGUUCCUCCAAUAGUACUUCAGCCAGCGCUGGAUUCAGUUUUGGAAGUGCCAAGCCAUUUUCGUUUGGAGCGCAGGUUGCGAAGCCCGAAGACAAAGAAGAAAAGCCAGCAACAGAAGAAAAGGACGAGGAUGAAGAUGUGCCACCCAAGCCAGAUUUUAAGCCAGUCACCGAGGAAGGUUCCAUCUUUGAGCAACGAUGCAAAGUUUACGUGAAAAAGGAGGGCAAUUACGGCGAUCGAGGAGUGGGCACACUCUUCCUGAAACCAACCCCCAACGAGAAGAUGCAAUUGAUAGUGCGAGCCGUCAACUCCUUGGGGAAUAUUCUCCUGAACACGCUUUUGAGCGAGAAUAUUCCUCUGAAGCGAAUGAACAAAAAUACCGUGAUGAUGGUUUGUCUCCCAACCCCAGAAUCUCAACCUCCACCAACCUCAGUUUUGCUCAGGGUCAAGACUUCGGAGGAUGCGGACAAAUUGAUGGAAGCGCUGGAAAAAAAUAAAAAGUAAACAUUGACGAAACAACCGAGUUGCGCGCAAAUAUGAUUUGCACAAAUACCCAAGUCAAAAAAGAGGAAUAUAGGAAUAGGAAACGAUUUAAAACAAAACACAGUUUGUUGUCUGAUGUAAUUUAUCAACUUGGCAUAUUAUCAUUUUGUCUCCCCGAUACUUCUUUUUUAUUGAACAUAUAAUAAACAACUAGCAUAUAUUAGACAUAUUUAAUAUAUGUGGGGAUAACUCGUUGCAGCUGUGCUUGCGUAAAUGCCAACAAAAUGGAAAAAACUUGAAGUGCGAAUUCGCACCAGUGUACCGUUCGAGGGUUAAAAGUAUUAGAACACUUAAUUCUGCCUAAAAACCAAUAAACGUAUUUAGGCAUACAAAUUCUUCCAGAAUAAUUUGUUUUAACUUUUGCAAAAAAGAAGAAAAAAAAGUAUCGGAAUAUUCGAGAUAGAAAUAUUGUUAAUGUUCUGUUGAAGGGCAAAAUGUGCGAAAAAUAGGUAAUUUAGUUUUCUUGGACGCAUCAAUAAUUUGUAAUUCGUAGUAUUAUUGAACAAGAGAGUCAUCAAGAUUUUUACUCUGCAGUUAUAAACAAUAUUGUAACAAAAAUGUAGGUGUAGAUGCUGUAUCUUUUUGUUUUCUCUCGAUAAAACUUGUUGGAAUAGAUGGAAAGUUUUUAAGGCCAUUUUCAAGCGACGUGUCGCAGGUCCUAAAUGUAUAGAAUUUUCUUCUUUUCGUUGUAUAAUUAUUUACAACUCAAGUGGACGACUGUAAAAUAAUUUUGCAGUAAUUGGUGGUUUUCCACUCUUGUGUAAAGUUUUAGGAAAGUAAAAUUGUCUUUUUAAAAAAGGCUCUGUUCAUUAUUUAUGUAUAUUGUGCCAAGGGUUAACAGUUGCGCGACAACUGUUUAUUUUUUACAAUAGAAAAUUCUCUUUUUAAAAAUUUUACAGUUGUCCACGCGCCCUGAUGCUAAUGUUACUAUUUUCUUUCGAUCAACAAAGCUAUAGCGAGUAACGCAAAAUUUGUUUUACUCUCUCGAAAAAGACGAUUCUCUCGUCUUUUUUUUAUAAAUAAUAUUUUUUUAUUGGUUAGCAGAGUAUUUAGAGCAGACUUUACAUUUAGAAACUUUAAAAUAAAAAUUUAUGUACAUGUUCGUGGACAAUAGGGUGGAUCAAAAGGGCUUUAUUUUCCAUUCGGCGUCAAAGGGACCUCUGAUUUUUCGGCUUAAUCGCAAAAAUUAUAAUUAGGGGACCCCAAAGCGGUCUUUUUCUCAUUAAAAUGCUACAUUUUUAUUGGAAAAAUCUGAGUAAUGUAUUUGAUAAAAAAAAGAGUAUAUGUAUGCCUGUCUAAUUUAAAAAAUCUAUUAGCAUUUAGAUAAAUGAAACAUUUUAUUUGCAAAAACCGACUUGGCGCAUUCAUAAAUAUAUAUUUAAUUCUGGUGCGAAAAAUGAGGGGUAAUUUUGAAAGAAGUUGGGGUGCCGUUUAGGAAGGAAUUAAAGCUUUUUCUAUGUCAUUCUUUGCUGGAAAAUUAUUAUUUCUACUGUCAGCUAUACUGGUGGGUGUGUGUCGAACAAAAACGCAAUUUCAGAUACGAGACUUGUAAAUAAAUUAAGGCACAUACAAUAAACUACUACUGAAGUACA